AUGAGUUUAGAAAAUAUAAAAGAACAAUAUAAUAAUAAAUCUUUAACUUUAAAUAUCGAUCAACAUGAUAAUGAUCGUAAAAGUGAAGAAAUGAAUAUUACCAGAAUUCAAUUAUUAAUUGAAAAAAAAAUUAUAGUUAUUAAAUUAUUAUUAAACAUACGUAAACAACAAGCACCAUUAACAAUUCAUGAUCUAGAUAGUUAUCUCGAAUCAUAUACAAUACCAUGUCGAUUGUGA